AUGUCUGUCGCUCUAGCAGCGCACGAGGACGCGAGGCAACUGGUCCGACUGCUGCAGUGCACGCAGUGCUCCAGGCCAUUCAGGAAUGCAGUCACCCUGCCCUGUGGCAACUCCCUGUGCAGAGAGUGCUUGCCCGAGGCGCACGAGCGUGAGCACAUCUCAUAUCCAGACUUGCCAGGUCGUCGACAUGGCUUCGAGUGUCCUUUUGGAGACUGUGCCAUCGACCACCCGGCUUCCGACUGCAAUACCGACGUCAUCUUAACCAGACUGAUGGACUCCAUCUCGCAAGUCGUGGCCAGACACAGCUCCCCCGUGAACCAUGAGCCUAUUCUGACGAAUGAGGGAAUGCGAUAUGACGAGGUCGUCAGCUCUCACCCACCCGACGAACCGCAAACGCUACAGUAUUCUGGUGGAAGGCUUGUCGCCACAUUCUCCUUGGCAGCAAAAGGGAAGCUAAAACACGAUGCCGACCUGGCAUAUCAGAGCAAGACGAACGAUGUUGAAGCGGAGCGAGCCGCGGACGUCGGCCUCUUGCAAGACAUAUUCGAGGCGACGCAGAAGGAGGUGGAUUGCCAGGUAUGCUAUGGAAUGAUGCUGGAUCCCGUCACGACAUUCUGUGGCCAUACGCUGUGCCGCAAAUGUCUUGCGCGGGUUUUGGACCACUCUCUGCACUGUCCCGUUUGCAGGCGGAGCCUUGCGAUUCCACCAUCCCUGCUCAGACAACCUAGCAAUCAGACCCUAGUCAGUCUCCUGAACGGACUCUGUCCCGACAUGGUGGCUGCGAGAGCAGAUGCAGUCACGCAAGAAGAGCUUGGUUCGGACGGCCAUACGAAUGUUCCCUUGUUCGUCUGCACACUUGGCUUCCCGAACCAGCCAACGUUUCUGCGCAUCUUCGAGCCACGGUAUCGCCUGAUGCUCCGACGAGCAUUGGAAGGAAAUCGGCAGUUCGGAAUGCUUAUGUACAAUCGGUAUAACGAGCCUCAGGAGGAACUCGGAACCGUGCAUUUCUAUCAGUAUGGAACGAUGCUGGAAAUCGUGCACGCUCAGAUGAUGGCGGAUGGCACCAGUCUCAUCGAAACCCGUGGGCUGUACCGUUUCCGCGUCAAGUCGCAUACCACCUUCGACGGAUAUCUGAUCGGAAACGUGGAACGCAUGGAUGAUGUCAACCUCGCCGAGGAGGAGCGCAUCGAGGCGGAAGAAACAUCUUUAGCACCGGCCGGGGACGAAGCGGAGGAUGAUAUCACUGCUCAGAUCAAUCGCACGCCAACACAAGACCUGGUGGCUUUCGGCCGAGAAUUCAUUGCCAAGAUGCAAGGGCGGAGUGCGAAUUGGCUCCAGCAGAGAGUCCUCGAUGUCCACGGACAGCCUCCCGAAGACGCGGCGCUCUUCCCCUACUGGUUCGCGAGCGUGCUCCCUAUCAGCGAAGAGGAAAAGUACAAGCUCUUAGGCACGCGUACCGUGAGGGAGCGCUUGAAGAUCACAGCAAUCUGGAUUCGGAGAAUUGAGACUCAGCGAUGGUAA